CUGAGGUCAGUUCGACCGAUGACCAGGAGCUCCUUGGACGGACUGACGCUCUCUGGAUCCGUCCAUCUCCUCACCCAGCCACCAUGGAGGAACUCCAGAGGAAACUGAACCAGCGCUAUGAAGGCACCAAGCCCAGAAAGGUGAGAUUCAAGCUGGCGUCGUCCUACAGUGGCCGCGUGCUGAAGCAUGUGUAUGAGGACGGCCAGGAGCUGGACAGUCCCGAGGAGAAAUACCCGCACAGCUUCGUCCACAGGAAGAUCCCCAGCCACCUGGAGAUGGAGCAGCUCUGUGGGUUCCAGGACGCUCAGGGGGAGCAGAAGGGGGACUAUCCUCCAACCGGGCUCAUCGCCCAGAGGAUCAACGUGUACAGAGGAGUGGGAGGCUACAAGCCCACCGUCGGCCUGACGGAGGAAUCGGAGGGAGAUGCAAAAUCCCAAGUAUUGGACUUUGGCAAGAUCAUCAUCUACACCAGCAACCUGCGCAUCAUCAGAGCACCACCCAGGGCCCCUGAAGCACUGCGGCAGCAGAUAGAGCCCCGUGUGGACAUGGAGGGACGCCCUAGGGCCAGGGAGAGGGCGAGCAGGAGGAGGGCCAAAUCUCCUCGUAAGCAGGACGGGGGGGAAACGGAGCAGAGACAGAUCAGCAGCACGGAGACCAAGGAGGCUGACAGCUGCCAGCAUUGUGGCGGCUCGGGCUGCGCUCCCUGCUCCCUGUGUCACGGCAGCAAGCUGUCUAUGCUGGCGAACCGCUUCAAUGAGUCCAUCAGUGAUCUGCGGUGCCAAGCCUGCUACCCCCAUGGUCUGGAGAGGUGCCAGUCCUGCUCCGGCAAAUAGCACCGUUUGGCCCGACACCCACAUGUGUGAGCGAGUGAGUGAGUGACUGAGUGAGUGAGUGAUCGGUUCCUCAGAAUCGUCUCAGUCCGAUCCAAAAUGUUCUUGGUGGGGGGUUCUCGAUGCACUACUAGGAAACAAAAGCCAUCACUGGGGAGAAAAGGGGGAAUUGUGCAUUGGGCACGAAUCAUAAAUUACAUUUACUGUGUGCAGUGAAAAAACGGCUUGCGAAAACACAAACACAUAAUCACUCUUUUGUCGUCACUUUAUUUUGCAUCUACAGCGUCCGUCCUGAUAAAACCUGGCUCCACAACAGAGUUAUCAUUCUAAUUAAAACGAUGCAAACAUUUCCCGUUUCAGUUUUUUUCUCUGCAGUGCUUCAAUCCCCUUUCAUUCAUCAGGAGAGAAUACAUUUUUGUUUAUCCUAACAUCACAACACUGCAUGACAUUUUAUUGAGAAAGAAACAACAAGGAGCCUAAAGAAGAAACAGAUUGUGAGAUGAGCGACACAAAAUACUGUUGUUUCCUAAAUGGUCACAACAUUAAUAAGGGAGAUUUAAUGGAAAUGUCAGACAAUGAUGGGAACAAGCACCACUGCCCCGAGGAAGGUGACACAGGAAAGAGAUAAAGCGGAUAUUGAUAAGGAGACUUUAUGGAGAGAAGUUAGAAUUCUUUAAAAAGACAACGCAUUGCAAGCUCACAUAACGAAUAAAUGUUAAGGAUAUUGAUUUUCAAUGGAGGAUCACUCAAAGUCUCUUUUUGUUGUGUGAUAAUUACAGAUAAUAAAUAUGACAGAACAGUAAUAUCAAUGGAUGCAACCCUCUCGACCAACUCAGGAGGUGAAGUAAAGCUGAUUGUGUCAACGUUUUAUUUUUGAUUAAUAGUCUCAUUC